GACUCACCUUCAGCAAAGCACUCACCGUCAGCCAUGUCGGGCCGUGGCAAGGGAGGCAAGGGGCUCGGGAAGGGCGGCGCGAAGCGGCACAGGAAGGUGCUCCGCGACAACAUCCAGGGCAUCACCAAGCCGGCGAUCCGGCGCCUGGCGCGCAGGGGCGGCGUGAAGCGCAUAUCCGGCCUCAUCUACGAGGAGACCCGCGGCGUGCUCAAGAUCUUCCUCGAGAACGUCAUCCGCGACGCCGUCACCUACACCGAGCACGCCCGCCGCAAGACCGUCACCGCCAUGGACGUCGUCUACGCGCUCAAGCGCCAGGGCCGCACCCUCUACGGAUUCGGCGGCUGA